UUUUAAAUGCUUACUUCGAAAUCUUCCAUCGAUCCUUCCAAUGAGUAGGUUUCGAAGUAGUCAUGACGAAGAAAAGGCCUCCCUUCUCAGUUCGCUAUGUCUUCUGGUUCUUGUUGAAGCUCAUGAUAUCUCUAUCGCUUGUGCUCUGUUUCUUCGCUCUUCUUAAACUUAACUCACAAUCAAGGCAACAGUUCGCGAUCCCUCAUGCUCGUAGAUAUCGUAGCUUGGAUGAGCACUUCGUUGGCACUCCUAAGAUCGCUUUCUUAUUCCUUGCGCGAAAAGACCUACCCCUGGAUUUUUUAUGGUGGGGCUUCUUUGAGAAUGCAGAUGCUGCGAAUUUUUCAAUAUAUGUUCAUUCAGAGCCUGGUUUCGUGUUUGAUGAAUCAACGACGAGAUCUCCCUUCUUUUACGGUCGACAGCUGAGCAAGAGCGUUAAGGUAAUGUGGGGAGAGUCAAGUAUGAUCGAGGCCGAGAGGUUAUUACUCGGAUCAGCUCUUAAGGACCCUACAAAUCAGAGAUUUGUUCUCCUCUCUGAUAGUUGUGUACCUCUGUACAACUUCAGCUACAUAUAUAAUUAUGUGAUGUCUUCACCAAGGAGUUUUGUGGACAGCUUUCUUGAUCCAAAGGAAAGUCGUUACAAUCCAAAGAUGUCACCUGUAAUACCAAAGGACAAAUGGCGAAAAGGAUCUCAGUGGACUACACUAGUUCGAAAAGACGCAAGGGUUAUUGUAGAUGAUGAUAUUAUCUUUCCAGUCUUCAAGAGAUUCUGCAAGCGAAGGCCCCCCAUAGAUUCCGAAAAGAGGAAUCCUAAAAUUCAGAAACAGCAUAACUGUAUCCCAGAUGAACACUAUGUGCAGACAUUACUAUCAAUGAAUGAGCUUGAAGGUGAAGUUGAGAGGAGAACUUUGACCUAUACCUUGUGGAACCAGUCCACAACAAACAUGGAUGGGAACUCUUGGCAUCCUGUAACUUUUAACUAUUCAAAUGCAGGCCCUCAACAAAUCGGAGAAAUAAAGGAAAUCAAUCACGUGUACUAUGAGACCGAGUACCGAACAGAGUGGUGUCGAACCAAUUCUACAUUUGUUCCCUGCUUCUUGUUUGCAAGGAAGUUUUCACGGGGUGCUGCUAUGCGCCUUCUGACCGAGGGAGUGGUGGGUUCCUUCAACGCUACUGCAAUGCUAAAUGUUACCUUGUGAGUGUCCUUGGUGCUCUAAAGCUCUUCUUUUAACAAGAUACCUGAUCAUCUGCUUAUGUAGUCUAUUGUAGGUUGUCUAGUGAGUAGUGAGUAGUGAGGUACCCAUCAGAGGCUUAGAGGAAUUUUACAUUUAAAUGAUGUAUACUGAACAGUUUUUGACACUGCUCACC